AGCUGAUCACAAGUGCUGCAAAACUUCUUGACCCAAGUUGGAGGUGUAGAAAAAACCACAAAAUUAAAAAAAUAUAAAUCAAACGCAAUAUUAUACACUUUAACAGUUAUUACAGACCUGCCCCUUACUCUGCUUAGGUCAAAAAAUACAUAACUACUCUCUAAAUAGAAAUUACAACAAAUAGAGUUGGUGGAGAGUAGCUUAGGACCAAUCCCCGAAAAUGAAAGAGUUUGAUGACUUCAACUUUAGCGUUGAGAAAUAUACCAAGGAGCUGACGCGGGAAUGUGUGGGUGGCAGCGACCUGCAGCAACGGAAGAAGGAAAUCGAAGCUUACAAUGAGCAAACCUCGGCCACUCUCAAACAAACAUGCAAAAAGAACUAUAUGGAGUUUAUACAAACGGCCAAAGAGAUAUCACAUCUUGAGUCGGAAAUGUAUCAAUUAUCGCAUAUUCUCAUCGAGCAGCGAAAUAUCCUGGCCUCUAUGACAGAUGGAAAAACAGCCACUCAACUCAAAGCUGACAGUACAGAGGUCGAUAGCAGUAGCGGGGCAACAGCUGGAGCAGGAGGAGAUGAUUUGGAGAAUAGUCAUGCCACACGUGCGGUUAAAGAAAUGGUUCAGGGAUUCAAUGGCAAUCUGGAGGGCAAGACAUUUCUCAAUGAAGGGGCACUAAUCGAGCUCGAUGGCAAUGAUUAUCGGCCCAUUCAGCGAGUAUUUUUCUUUUUGUUCAACGACGUGCUCAUUGUGUGCAAAGUUAAGCAUGAUAAACGCUUGGACUUUCUCACCGAAUAUGACCCCAAGAAGAUAGCUGUCAUUAAUAUUAAAGAUUUGGAUGGCGUUAAGAAUGCUAUAAAUAUAAUAACACCGGAUGGUUCAAAGAUCUAUCAAAGUAUUACAGCAGCCGGCAAAACCGAAUGGAUUGAGAAACUUGAAGAAGCCUUUCGUUUUGAUCAGCAGAAGAAAUCCAAGAAAGGUCAAGCCCCACAGCCACCGAAUCGUGCCAAAGGAGCGGCAAACCAACAGCAAGCUAAAUCAACAUCAACCACUCCAGAAAAACAGGCAUCCAUAUCACCGCAGCAAACAGAACCAAAAUCUCUGGAGGAUGAGACACCAGAGUGGCUGGGCACAGCCAGUGAAGAAAUCCAGACAUUGGUGGCUCAACGUCAUUUCGAAGAUGCCCAGGCUUUAAUUAAGCGUACUCAGGACUUCUUUUUGACUGCGAAUCGUAAGAAAUUGCCACAAGCAGCCAAUAUUGAAAGCAAAGUGAAACAACAAGAGAUUAAAUUGAUUAAUGUCCUACUCAAAGAGUUGUCCAAUAGUCAUAAUCGUAAUUUACAAAUUGCCUUAAGAGCUGCCAAGCGGCCAUUAAAGAUACUUGUGGAGAUGGGAAGAUAUCGUCAGGCGAGCUCCACACUGUUAAAAGUAUGUGCAGUUAGCCUUCGUGUGGCGCAGCGAGAGGCUCGUCGAAAUAAUGCAGAAAUCUCAGAGCUAUUCUUUUGUGAUCUAACGCAAGUGGCUUGUGAUUUUCUAGCGGCCUUUGAACAGCAACCGGCUUGUGUGAGUGCUCUUGUCGUCUGGUGCAAUGCCGAAUUACAAUAUUUUGCCAGUCAAUUGAUCAAGCACUAUCUUACAAAGGGUACCACCCUGGAGGCGGUGGCCAAGUGUGUGGAGCGUGUGCGCAAGCCAUCGACUAAACUUACUGAGAUCGGCUUAGAUAUCAGUUAUCAUUUGGAGGGAUUAUUGCGUACCACAUUGGAAUCAUUGAUUGAGGAGUCUCGGCAACGACUUUUAGAUUCUGUGGGACGCACCGAAGAGAUAUGGCAACCAUAUAAUCUGCAAACUAAAACGAAUUUAAAACGUCUGCUCCUCGAAUUAGAUGCACUGGGCAUCGAUGUGCGUGGCCAGGCGACGGGAGACACUUGGUUGAAUUUAACUCAAUCCACAGUGGUAUUUAUAAGACAUUUUCUGCAACUAACCGAGCAUUGUGCAUGCUUGGCCAAAUGUGAGACACUAGUGCAAAAAUUGGAGUAUUUGCUAAGGGAUCUGUUUCUGGCCCAGCACUCCUUAAAACCGCCCAGUGACAUGGCUGUAGAUCCCAAUUUUGUGAUGAAAAACAAAAUCUUUCUGGUGGACAACCUGUUGCCGAUUGCCAUUGACAAGUUCAGACAGAUCUCUGGACGGCAAUGUGAAAAUUUAAGGGAAUUACACACGAAACUCUCACGUCAACAGGGUGCUCCAUUGCCGCGACAGCGCAGCGUCUAUACCACAGAUGUUUUCUAGACUUAUUUAAUUGUCCGGUUUUUGCAUUACUUUCGAUUACAUAUAAUUUUUUAUUUUUUUUUUCGUUUGUUUGCUUCAAUUAUUUAUAAUAUAAUUAUAUACAUAUAUAACCACAAUAAUAAUAAUAAUAUUUUGUAAAAUUAAAAAUCGAAGCGUGUGUGCUGCACUCUAUCAAUUUUUCCUUUUGU